GUAAUGACAUUUAACCCCUAUCCCUUGUCGUCUAGCGUUCCACUUUUCUUCUCGUCACUCUCGUUUCAAGGCGUUGGGUUGAUAGCUCUGUCAAGGCGACGAGGAAGACGAAGGAGAAGCUGCUGGGAGAUUGGUACUGAUUUCUCUGAGUUCCGGAGCUCGGUUCUGAUAUCGGUGCACCUUUUGAGAAUAAGUCAGCAGAAUGGCGACUCUUGCUGAUUCUUUCUUGGCAGAUCUCGAUGAGUUGUCCGACAAUGAAGCUGAACUUCUUGAUGAUGAUAAUGUGGAUGUGGAUAACAUGGAAGAAGAUGUUGAUGGGGACCUGGCAGAUAUUGAAGCACUUAACUAUGAUGAUCUGGAUAGUGUCUCCAAAUUGCAGAAAACACAACGUUACAUUGAUAUUAUGCAGAAAGUUGAAGAUGCACUUGAGAAGGGGUCUGAAAUGUCAAAUCAAGGGAUUGUUUUGGAAGAUGAUCCAGAAUACCAGCUUAUUGUAGAUUGUAAUGCAUUAUCUGUGGACAUUGAGAAUGAAAUUGUUAUCAUCCACAAUUUUAUCCGUGACAAGUACCGCUUAAAAUUUCCAGAGCUUGAAUCUCUUGUUCAUCACCCAAUUGAUUAUGCUCGAGUAGUUAAAAAGAUCGGGAAUGAAAUGGAUCUAACCCUUGUUGACCUGGAAGGACUUUUACCCUCAGCUAUUAUUAUGGUUGUCUCAGUGACAGCAUCAACUACUAGUGGCAAGCCACUUUCAGAGGAAGUUCUGCAAAAGACAGUUGAUGCAUGUGAUCGAGCUCUUGUUCUAGAUUCAGCAAAGAAAAAAGUUCUUGAUUUUGUGGAGAGUAGAAUGGGAUAUAUUGCUCCAAAUCUUUCUGCUAUCGUUGGAAGUGCAGUUGCUGCCAAACUUAUGGGGACUGCUGGUGGUCUCUCAGCAUUAGCUAAGAUGCCAGCAUGUAAUGUUCAGGUUCUUGGUGCCAAGAGAAAGAACUUAGCAGGGUUUUCCACUGCAACAUCCCAAUUUCGUGUAGGUUAUCUUGAGCAAACAGAAAUUUUUCAGAGCACACCCCCUUCUUUGAGGAUGCGUGCUUGCCGACUUUUAGCUGCAAAAUCUACACUUGCAGCACGUGUAGACUCUACGAGAGGAGAUCCAACAGGGAAGACCGGAAGAUUUUUUCGGGAUGUCAUCCAUAAGAAGAUUGAAAAGUGGCAGGAGCCGCCUCCUGCAAAACAACCUAAACCGCUUCCAGUUCCUGAUUCUGAGCCCAAAAAAAAAAGAGGUGGUCGUCGGCUAAGAAAGAUGAAAGAAAGAUAUGCUAUUACGGACAUGCGGAAGCUGGCAAACAGGAUGCAGUUUGGAGUGCCUGAAGAGAGUUCUUUAGGUGAUGGACUGGGGGAAGGAUAUGGGAUGCUUGGUCAAGCUGGAAGUGGAAAAUUACGUGUAUCAGUUGCCCAGAGCAAGCUUUCGGCUAAAGUUACGAAGAAGUUCAAGGAGAAGCAGUAUGGAAGCAGUGGUGCUACCUCGGGACUGACUUCAAGUUUGGCAUUCACUCCAGUGCAGGGGAUUGAGCUUUCAAACCCACAGGCACAUGCACAUCAACUUGGAAGUGGAACUCAAAGCACGUACUUUUCGGAAACAGGAACAUUUUCAAAGAUCAAGAGGAACUAAAGCACUGGGACAAUUGUUCAUUGAAUGUGAAAAACAUUACAGUUUCUAGAGUGCAGAGGAUUUAGUGUCAAAGAGGACAAUAUAAGGUCCAAAGUGGCUGCAAGAAAGUAGUGUUGAAAAGCUUACCCAAAUGUCUUUAGUGGUUACCUGUUGUAAUGGGGUUGCUGAGUUACCACACCCCCCGCCAAUAACGAAGAAGUGGGAAUAAUGUGCCGAUCCAGUUGGGUUUAAUAAAUCGAGUUCUUGUUCCUUUUGUCUAACCUCUGAAAACAAACAUAUGUAUUGCAUAUUGUAUGUAGAUGUACAAUUCUUUUGUGUUUUCUAUGAAACUGGUGAGACAAGGACAUAAUUUUAUGCUUUGAAAUUGAGCUAUUGUCUGGAAUGGAUUGUAUCAUUGAAAUUUCAUUGUUUGACCAUCUGUAUCACAUAUGUGAUAUGGUUUACACUUUAUUGGCAACUGGCCUCAGCUGGAUUAUUUUAAUAGAAGAAUAUAAAAGGCAGGCAAUAAAGUCAGAAG